AAGUAGAGUAUUAAGGGAAAAUGAAAGGAGAGAAAAGCAUCGGGAUUAGAUAACGAAUUGUGGCGCGUUUCAUUGUUGAUUUGGAAAUGGCCUCUUCAACUUGGCUCAUCUCCUCUUUCUUCAAAUUCAGUUUCCCUACAAGAGCUUCACAAAUUCACUGCCAGUGUAAUACAAAUUCCAAUUCUUCUUCUCGCGGAAUCCAACGCCGUUGGGUUGAAGCAUUCGAUCAAUCCCUCGCAUCACCGGAGAGAUUCACAGUAGCUUCAUAUAACAUACUUGCUGAUAGAAAUGCUUCUCAACACACUGAUUUAUACGUUAAUGUUCCUUCUCGUUACAUCAAUUGGAAUCGCCGUCAAAAGAUUCUUUCUGAAGAACUUUUUGAAUGGAACCCUGAUAUUAUCUGCUUACAAGAGGUGGACAUGUACGUUGAACUCUCCAAUAUUUUGGUUAAGGCAGGAUAUGCAGGUUCUUAUAAGAGACGCACUGGAGAUACAUCUGACGGUUGUGCAAUGUUUUGGAAAGCUGAUAAGUUCCGAUUGUUAGAUGGAGAAAGCAUUCAAUACAAGAACAUUGGCCUUCGUGAUAAUGUUGCUCAACUUCUAGUUUUUGAGAUGUCUGGAUCUGACUCAAGAAGACUGUUGGUUGGUAAUAUCCACGUACUCUAUAACCCAAACAGGGGAGAAGUUAAAUUAGGUCAAAUUCGUUUUCUCUCAUCAAAAGCACAGUCCCUCUCAGAGAAAUGGGGUAAUGCCCCUGUAAUCCUAGCUGGUGAUUUUAAUAGUACUCCUGAGAGUGGAAUAUACAAGUUUUUGUCAACAUCUGAGCUUAAUAUCAAGCUAUACGACAGAAAGCAGUUAUCUGGACAGAAACGUUGUCGCCCUGCUCAAGUUUUAGGCGAGAAAAAAGAAACAGUUGGUCCAUUUAGUUCACUGGAUGGAUUGUUAGACUUCUGGACAGAUGAAGAGGUAAAAACUGCAACAGGUGAUUCUGAGUGUCACUUGGCUGUUCAUCCAUUAAAGCUGAAUAGUUCAUACGCCACAGUCAAUGGAUCAGCUAGUACACGGGGAUUGAAUGGUGAACCCUUGGCAACUUCCUAUCACUCAAAGUUUCUUGGUACUGUAGAUUAUUUAUGGUACUCUGAAGGUAUUGUACCAACCAGAGUUCUUGAUACCGUUUCGAUUAGUGAUCUCCUGAGGGAAGGUGGUCUCCCAUGCAAGAAAGUGGGAAGCGACCAUUUGGCGUUGCUGUCUGAAUUUUCCUUCUCAGUUGCUCAUAAUAAAUCUACAGACAUAACUGCAGCAGCGGCAUCACCUAGAGUAGAUAUUGAAUAGCAUGUACCUGCAGUCAUAGGAAAGCAGUUCAGAUUAAGGUUAGGUUCAUGUAGUGGUGUAAGAAUUUCACGAAACAAGGUUGCGCUUUAUCUA